AGCGCGAAGAAGCGCGCGGAAGAGAGCGAGGAAGACGACGACGACGACGACGAUGAGUCUUCUUCGUCUUCGGGGGAGGAUGAAGACGAAUUCGCGGGUUUGGAUGGUGUCGGCGACGACGAAGACGAAGACGAAGACGAGGAGUCUUCGGAAGAGGAUGGUUCCGACGGUGAGGAAGGCUCGGAAUCGUCGAGCGAAUCGUCGAGUGAGGAAGAAUUGCUUCCAAUCGAGCGUAAGGCUUUGAAAGAAGACGCACGACGGGCCAAGGCGCAAGAAGACGCGCGCGCGGAGCAGCUCGAGACGAACAUUCAAGACGACGACGUAUACCAACUCCCGGAUUCGGACGAGGAAGAUGACGGGAUUCCGGAUUUGAGUGCUAUUCAGAUGCGCAUUCAGGAGAUUGUGCGCGUUUUGAAGGACUUUAAGAAUAGAAGAGAAAGUGGCAAGAGUCGUAACGACUACGUCGAACGGCUCACGGCGGAUUUGGCAACGUAUUACGGUUACAAUAGCUUUUUGAUUCGGUACUUUUUGGACACGUUUAGCGUCGACGAAACCAUGGAAUUACUCGAGGCGAACGAACAGCAACGCCCGGUGACGAUUCGCACGAACACUUUGAAGGUUCGUCGUCGCGAACUCGCCGAGAGCUUGAUAAACCGCGGAGUCAAUCUCGACCCGGUCGGGAAGUGGUCCAAGGUUGGCUUACUCGUGUACGACUCGCGUGUGCCCAUCGGCGCGACGCCCGAGUACAUGGCUGGUCACUACAUUUUGCAGUCUGCGUCAUCCUUUUUACCGUGCAUGGCGCUCGCACCUCAGGAAGGUGAGCGCGUGCUCGACAUGGCCGCCGCUCCCGGGGGUAAAACGACGUACCUCGCGGCGUUGAUGCGCAAUACGGGGAUGAUUUUUGCAAACGAAUAUCAAAAGAAGCGUCUGAAUUCGCUCGUGGCCAACUUGCAGCGCUUGGGUUGCACGAACUCCACGGUGUGCAACUACGAUGGCCGCGCGCUUCCCAAGGUUAUCGGGCACGUCGACCGCGUCUUGCUGGACGCCCCGUGCUCGGGGACCGGAGUCAUCGCCAAGGAUAGUUCGGUGAAGACGAGCAAAAGCGCCGAGGACAUCGCCAAGUGCGCGCAUCUUCAAAAGGAACUUCUCGUCGCCGCUAUCGAUUGCUGCGAUGCGAACAGCAAAACCGGCGGUUACGUCGUCUACUCUACUUGCUCGAUCGCGGUAGAAGAAAACGAGGCGGUGGUGGAUUACAUAUUACGCAAGCGAGACGUGAAAAUCGUGUCGAGCGGAUUGGAAUUCGGUCGUAAAGGCUUCACGAGCUAUCGCGGUAAGAACUUCCACCCGUCCGUGGAGAUGGCGCGCCGGUUCUACCCUCACGUGCACAACAUGGACGGGUUCUUCGUGUGCAAGCUGAAGAAGCUCAGCAACCGAACCGUGCCGACGAGCAACGAC